AUGACGAUCUUGACGAAGACGCAUUCAGAAAAGAAGGACAAUUUGGUGAUUCCUUUGGUGGAGAAUGAAGAACAAACGCCAACAACGGUAAGAGUAAAAUCAAUACUGGUUUUCUACGACCUAUGUCUGUUGCUUGGUCAAAGGAAAACCGCGCCUUACAAAAACGUCAACGUCCAAAACUUCCACUUGUCGUUCAAGGAUGGUUUGGCGUUCUGCGCCCUUAUACAUCGUCAUCGUCCAGAUUUGAUCGACUACAGCAAAUUGAGCAAGGACAAUCCUUGGGAGAAUUUGAACACUGCCUUCGACGUGGCCGAGAAGUACUUGGACAUUCCAAGGAUGUUAGAUCCUGACGAUUUGAUUAAUACACCAAAACCCGAUGAGCGUGCCAUCAUGACAUACGUGUCAUGUUACUAUCAUGCCUUCCAGGGCGCUCAACAGGUAUAUUUUUGAAGUGAAAUGACG